AUGGGAAACUUAUUUCUGCGGGCAGGUUUUACCCUUUUGCUGAAUCUGCAACUUGGUUGUGCCUACAAACUGUGUGAUGUCACUAACUGGGCUCAGCACAGGGAAGGAGCUGCCAGAUUCACCCCACAUGAUAUAGACCCGUUCCUGUGUACCCACUUGAUAUAUGCUUUUGCUGGCAUAAUCAACAACCAAAUUGCCACUACAGAAUGGAAUGAUAAAAUGCUUUACAGAGAACUCAACACCAUAAAGGAGAGAAAUAACAAGCUGCACCUGGUGGCUGUUGGAGGAGGAAGAUUUGAUACCCAGAAGUUUUCUACCAUGGCUUCUUCUCAGGCAAAUCGCCAGAUAUUCAUUUGUUCAGCGAUAGAUUUUCUUCGCAAAUAUGAAUUUGAUGGACUAGACCUUGACUGGGAAUAUCCAGGUUCCCAUGGUAGUCCCCAACAGGAUAAGCAUCACUUUACCAUCUUGAUUCAGGAACUCUUGGCUGCUUUCAUGGAAGAAGGCAAAAGGACAGGACGCCCACGGCUUCUGCUUUCUGCAGCAGUGUCUUCCAACAAACAUACCAUUGAUGCUGGGUAUGAGAUUCCUUCCCUGGGGAAGAGCCUUGAUUUUAUCAGUGUGAUGACCUAUGACUUCCAUGGAAAGUGGGGAUCUGUAACGGGACAUAACAGCCCCCUUCAUAAGGGUUUAGCCUCCUAUGACCCAGAUCUCUUCUGCAACUGUGAAUAUGCCAUGAAAUACUGGAAGGACAAUGGAGCCCCAGCUACAAAACCUAUGAUGGGAUUUCCAACAUAUGGACGAACCUUCAGACUUUCUACUGAAAAAACUGGAGUUGGUGCUCCAGUAUCUGGUGCAGGUUCUCCUGGAGCCUACACUCAAGAAGCUGGUGUUUUGGCUUAUUUUGAGGUGUGUACGUUUUUGCAAGGAGCGACGGAGUCCUGGAUUACAGAACAGAAAGUUCCCUAUGCUGUCAAAAAUACAGAAUGGGUUGGAUAUGAUAACAAAAACAGCUUUCAGCUCAAAGCAGACUUCCUGAAAAAGGAGCGCUAUGGAGGAGCCAUGAUUUGGACUCUUUGCAUGGAUGACGUCUUUGGCACAUUCUGUGGUCAGGGAACCAAUGUCCUUGUCAAUACACUCAAAAGUUCCCUGGAACAAUAA